AUGAUCGGCCAGAACGUUGCUCGUGCUUCUCAAAGCGGCCUCCGCACUGCCACUCUCCUUGGCCGACGAACCAUGGUCACCCAACAGGAGCGAUGGACUCUCGAGACGGCCCGCAAUGCUGGCUCUUACAUUGACGGCCCUAACAAGGUUCAGCUCAGUCACGUCGUCCCCAACAUCGAGGCCAGCUGGAAGUCUCUUUCCAAGGAGGAGCAGUACGGUGUUUUCCGUCAGUUGGAAGAGCUCCAGAGGAAAGACUGGAAGGAGCUUAGCAUUAACGAGAAGAAGGCUGCUUACUUUGUUUCCUUCGGUCCUCACGGUCCGCGCAAGCCCAUCACUGCCUCCGGUCAGGGUGCCAAGACCUUCGCUGGCGUUGUUGCCCUCCUCGGUGUUACGACUGUUGUCUACUACCUCAUGCGCGCCAACGGUGGUGCUCCCGUCAAGACCAUGACCAAGGAGUGGCAAGAGGCUUCCAACCGGAUCGCUAUCGAACAGAAGCAGAACCCCAUCACCGGUAUCUCGAGCGAAAACUACCAGGGCAAGGGUCACGUUCAGUCCGCAUAG